AUGCUUUCAGGUGGGGCAGUAGUGGCUUAUGACAACAACAUGAGCCCCUCCAUUUUGCUCCUAUCUCUGUGCCUUCUUACUGCCCCCUUCUUUGCCAUAGCUUCCAACCCUUCAGGGUAUUUUAUAAACUGCGGGGCGAACCAAGGUAUAACGGUGGAUGGCCUGAAAUACAUUCCUGAUAGUGAUGGGAAAUACAUCAAGAUUGGAAACUCCGCCACCAUUACAAAACCAGACAUAUCACCCUUGCUCACUACGUUGCGUUACUUUCCCGAUGCAGCAUCGAGGAAAUUCUGCUAUUCUUUCCCGGUAACCAAGAACGGCAGAUACCUCUUGAAAACGGUGUAUUACUACGGGAAUUUUGACGGCAAGAACCAACCGCCGGUGUUCGACCAGAUCGUGGAAGGGACGCGGUGGAGCAUCGUGAACACGACGGAUGACUAUGCCAAGGGUCUUAGCUCCUACUAUGAGGUUGUGUUACGAGCAACGGGGAGGAAUUUGGGGGUGUGUGUGGCGAGGAACAAAUAUACUGGUAGUUCAAGUCCCUUCAUCUCAACCUUGGACCUCACUCUUCUGGAUUCUUCUGUCUAUAAACCCACUGAUUUUGACAAGUAUGCCCUUGUAGCUGUUGCUAGGCAUGCUUUUGGAAGUCAACACUUCAUUAGUUUUCCAGAUGACCAAUUCAACCGCAUGUGGCAACCAUACAAAGAGCAACAAAAGUCCGUUGUGAAAAGCCAAUCAAAUGUAAGUUCUUCAGACUUCUGGAACCUUCCACCAGCAAAAGCAUUCAGCGCAGGAAUAACCACCAAUGACAAGACACUUGAAAUCAAUUGGCCCACAGUAGCACUUCCAGCGUCCCAGUAUUACAUCUCGCUGUAUUUCCAAGAUAACAGAAUUCCAAGCCCUGAUAGUUGGAGAAUCUUUGAUGUUUCCAUUAAUGAAAACAAAUUCUUCUCCGGACUUAAUGCCACAACUAAGGGUGUAACGGUUUAUGGUGCCCAGUGGCCACUUUCUGGGCACACCAAGAUUACAUUGACCAGUACCAGGGGAGAGGUAGCACCAGUUAUCAAUGCUGGUGAAGUCUAUCAGGUUUUUCCACUCGGUGGCCGUACUCGGACAAGAGAUGUAAUUGCAAUGGAAGACCUGGCUAAAAGUAUUGAGAAACCACCUGCUGAUUGGAAGGGUGAUCCUUGCCUACCUCAAGGGAACUCAUGGACAGGGGUUACAUGCACAAAUGAAUUUAAUGCACGAGUCAUUUCACUGAACUUAACAAAUGCUGGGCUGGCUGGGUCGCUUCCUGCAAGUAUUAACAAUCUAAGUGCACUUAAUCAUCUUUGGCUUGGGGGGAACAAGUUUUCAGGCCACAUUCCCGACUUAAGUGGAUUGAAGGAGUUAGAAACUUUGCAUUUGGAGAAAAACAACUUUGAAGGUUCACUUCCUGCGUCACUAAAUCAACUCCCAAAACUUCGUGAAGUUUAUUCUGACUUUCAAGCUGGAAAUUCUGCUGGCAAAAUUCCCAUCGCAACACAAGGGAAAUUAGUGGAGUGA